AUGCAAAGCUGUAGUUUGCCCAUGCGUGGUUUACGCAAGCCAUGGCAUCCAGCGCUGUGUUUGGGCGUCCUAGUUUUGGGGUUCCAGCUCCUUUCCUGGGCCUUUGUGCAGCCCAGCUCCGUGAGGAGCGGGGGGAGGAGACCUCGUCAUGUCCUACGUCGCAGCCAAGGAGAGGAGGCCGAUCCAGUGGACACGGUGGAAGCCGAUGCAGACGAGGAGGGCGAAGUCCUUUAUUUCGGCGGCGUCUCGCAAGAGCGGGAGGAGCCUGAGGAGACAGAAGCCAUGCAGAUCGCCGGCAGGAUUAACCAGGCCCUGGCGAUGCGCCGCUUGCCGCUGGCCCGGCUCGAGGAAGCUCCGAUCGCGCCAGUAGAAACAGGUUGGUACGAAGAGUUGGACGUGCCGCCCGACGCCACCAUGGAAGAGAUCCGACUGAAGUACUUAGAGAUUGCGGAGGAUGUAGAGGAGCGGCUGGGGUACCUUCUUGAAGAAGGCAGAGGCGGCUCCUACGAGGAGCAGCUGCUCACGAGGGACGACGAUGAGGACGACGAGUGGAACUGGGCCAGAUGGGAGGAGGGCAACAACGAGUCAGGGAUUACCCUGCAGCCGGAGAGCUCCCUCAUGGAGGCUCCUCCUGAGAACCCAGAGUCGCCCGAGGAGGAGGCUGAGAUCUUGGCCCAGGAAUUCUACCGGGUCUCGAAUCUCUACCAGAUCCUUUCCGUGCCACAGCUGCGGAAGAUCUACGACGAGGGCGGCGUUGAGGGCUUAGCCAUGAAAGUCCCUGCGCUUCGCAAAGGACUUCUGGAGCCCGAGCGCGUCCUGAAAAUGGCCCAGGGCAUCAAGACUCCGACAAAGCAGCGAGAGAGCCUCUUGCUUCGUCAGGAGCCACGGGAGAAGACCUUCCGCCGGUACAUGGGCAAGAACUCCAUUCGACAGGUCCUUCGCAGAAUCACCGACUGCCUAAGGGUAUGGUGCUUCAAGAGCAAGGAGAGCCUCAAAUUUCGCAAGAACACGAUCUACGAAGAGUUGCCGGAGAUAGCGGUGUUCGGCCGCGUGAACUCUGGGAAGUCAGCGAUGCUCCAGCACCUCUUCAGCGCGACGAACCCUAGAAGAAAUGGCCAUUUCUCCGUCGCCCAGACUCCUGGAAAGACCAAGGGUGUGCAAGUCUACUGCCUCAACCGCCGCUUUACGAUCGCAGAUAUGCCGGGUUACGGCAAGAACGAUCGCAGACACGAGGUGGCGCAGGAAAUCCACAACAAGUGGGAUUCCCAAUGGAAGCCUUUGGUUGAGGAGUACCUCAAGACCACACACUGGCUCAGGGCUGCCAUCUACGUCCAUGACAUCGGCAAAGAUGCCCGCUGGCAACAGGAGCGUCAAGCACCACCCCCUCCCAGCGCCGAAGAGCGAGCAGCUGCUGCGUCCAUUCUUGCAGCCGGCAUCAAGGGCGAGGAACCAGAGAGCGACGUUGAAGACCUCCUAAGACCUGACCUGGGUUUCGAUCCUCUGACGGUCUUCCGGGAAAGCUACGCGCAGGCUUGUGGUUUGAUGGAGAAGGUUCUGGAGGUGCCACCCCUGGGGGAGCAGUUUACGGCUGCGGUCACGGGCCUCCACGCCAUCGGGAAUAUCUUGGACCGUCUCUUCCAAGCAUGGGCUACAGAUGACUUGGGCCGUUUGUCCCAGAUGAGGGAGGACAGCGAGGGCUUCGCCAAGAGCUUCGGAGGCCGCGACAAUCCGCUUCAGUCGCUGUUGGCCCACGCCGGCUUUGAGCGCCGGGACACCGACGGGACAAGCGGAAAGCCAGGCGCUGUCUGGGUAUUGGAUCACACCAACCCUUCGAUUCGCCUGCGUGCACUGACGGUGCGGCUUUGCUUGCGCCGCUUCGCAGAGUUGCAGAGGCUGCGGGGCACGCACCGCUGGGCGCAGUCAAGCAACGCUGCAGUGGCGCCGAAGCCAGACGAGGCCUCCCUGCAGGAGCUACUGGAGCUCUACAAGGCUCCACCAGAAGGAGUUCGGCCCUCGGCGCGUGAGCGGAACUUGGAGGCAGAGGUGAAGAGCCGCAUCCACGAGCGUCGCGAGGAGUCCGGGCUUCAUCUUCCCCUGGUGCUCCACGAGGGCCUCAGCGCUGCCGCUCGAAGCCUGGCACAGUCCCAGCGCGUGCGGGAGCGGGAGGGCAAACUGAAGCCAGAUCGCCUCCGCUUGCGCACCAGUGAGGUGCAGGAAGUUUUGGGGCGGAUGCCCUUACCGCCAGGCUUUUCGGCCGCCCAGCUCUUCUUCCGAUCGACUGAACUGCCGCGGCUCUUUGGCCUCACCUCCUCAACGGGUGCGAAGGGGACGCCCAUGGGCGGCGGCGCACGAACGGACGACAAGGAUCAGGCGGCCGACAUCCUGGCGCGUGAAGCCGUGGGCUUCUGGGCCGCCCGCCAGUCCCAGGACUUAGCCUGGUCCGGGGCUGCCCUCUGUGGCAUCGGUGCGGCCUUGGACUACACGGUGAACCGAGGCUUCGUGGUUGCUCUGCUCAUAGGCUAUGAGGGCCUCUCUGCUGAAGCCUCCCACGGGCUGGCGGAGAGGCGUGAGGAGCUGGCCGGGCUUCGGAAGCGCCAGGCUGCUGCUGCCGAAGCUGCAGCGCAGGCUGCUCCGGCGCAGAGCUUCGGUGCACGGGUGCGGACUCUGGAUGCUCCCACCGCCGAUGCGGUGCUCCAUCGAAAGUGA